CUCCCUUGCCGGCGGUGCCUCCUGCCGCCGCCGUCCUCCGUGGCAGCUGCCGACGGGGGCUGCGGGAGGCGCGGGAUACGCAGAACUGAACCUUGUGAGAGGAGAGACUUGGCUUUCCUGCUGGGAGUCUGUUUCCAUACUGUUGUGGUUCUUUGGGUUUGUUUUCUUCCUGGAAUGGUAGGGCUAGGAAAUAGCUGCCGAGGGAUGAAGACUCCACCUCUUCUUGUGGCUGCACUCGUGGCAUGCAUCAUUAUUUUGGGUUUCAAUUACUGGAUGGCAAGUUCUCGCAGUGUGGAUCUGCAGCGUCGGAUCCUGGAUCUGGAAGGCAAAGUCCGCAGGGCGUCGGCAGAGAGGGGUGCUGUGGAACUCAAAAAGAAUGAAUUCCAAGGGGAGCUUGAGAAGCAACAACAGCAGAUCAACAAAAUCCAGUCCUUGCACAACUUUCAGAUGGAAAAUGCCAACAGAGUACAUCAGGAAGAGAAGGCAGUGCUCAUGAGUAACAUCACAGUAAAUGAACGAUUGAUGCAGAGUCUACGAGAACACUUGAAAGAGUUACAGACAGAAUAUGGAAAGCUACAGCUGGAUGUGUACUGGUUUCAGAAGAACCAGACUAACCUUCAGAGGAAGUUCUCAUAUGACCUGUCACAGUGCAUCAACCAGAUGAAAGAAUUAAAAGAUCAGUGCGAAGAAAGAGUAGAUGAGCUCACUAAAAAGGGUAGUGAUAUACCAGAAAUCAAAGAAAACAAAGACUUCCCAGAAGAUAAAAAAAAAAAUAGCCAGGCAGGUAUUCUUCUGCCAGCCUCAAAGCAACCCGAGUUGAAGCAGUCUGACUUGGAACAACAGAAGCCCAAUGAAGAUGUAUUUAAAGCAGUACCUACAGUAAAAAAGAUAGACCUGCUGCAGGCUGAAGAAAGAAUAUACAUCCUACCUGACAUCCGAAAAGAGGAGCCUAGGGCAGAAGAGGAGAAGCUUUCUGGUCAACUAAAAAACCUACAGGAUUCACUUGGUGCUGCUGCAGUUCAUAAGGAGAUGCUGCCAGAGUCAGAGAAGGAGCUGAAUACACCUGAAGAUGCAAAGCGUGGAGCUGGGCAAGAUUCAUUACAGCUGGCAGCCCAGCAGCCUGCCAGCAAGAAAACAGAGAGGAAGCAGCUCCUAAAUUAUGAUGCUAAGCAGGAUGACUCACCCACUGGAAAAGCUGACAAGCAGGAACAUGAAGCACUGAACCAGGACAAGGAUGUUGAUUACAAUUUAGAGAAGAAUGAAGCUGAAUCAGAAACAGACAAGCAAGCAGCUCUUGCAGGGAUUGAAAAUAUUCAAAACCCUGAAGACAGCAAGAACCACUUAGCUGAGCAAUAUGAAGAACGACAGAGGCUGUGAACAAAGAUCCAUGAUGCAGCUUAAGUCAUCUCUUCAUGUAGAUGCAGCAAUGAUGAGCGAAGUGAUAUGAGAAUGUUCUGAUUAUCUUCUCAAGGCUUCAAUAAUUGCCCAAUGAAGUACUGUUUUCUUGUGACAUUUUAGUACUGCUUCAGUGGUGGAAAAAAAAAUAAAUCUUUAAUACCCAGAGG